UCCUUCGGGACUCGGGAUCCAUCUGGAGCUCCGGGAAUUUCCCUGGCCGGUCGCUCCGGGCUUUCCAGUCUCAACCAUGCAUAAAAAGGGUUCGCCGACCUUGGGGAGCCACAGAGCCCGGGUCGCAGGCACCUCCCCGCCAGCUCUCCCGCUUCUCGCACAGCUUCCCGACCCGCCUGCUGAGCCCCAUGGCCCACGCCGCGCUCUCCGCAGCCCCCAGCAAUCCCCGGCUCCUGCGGGUGGCGCUGCUGCUCCUGCUUCUGGUGGCCGCCGGCCGGCGCGCAGCAGGAGCGUCCGUGGUCACUGAACUGCGCUGCCAAUGCUUGCAGACACUGCACGGAGUUCACCUCAAGAACAUCCAAAGUGUGAAUGUGAAGUCCCCAGGACCCCACUGCGCCCAAACCGAAGUCAUAGCCACACUCAAGAAUGGGCAGAAAGCUUGUCUCAACCCCGCAUCCCCUAUGGUUAAGAAAAUCAUCGAAAAGAUACUGAACAAGGGGAGCACCAACUGACAGGAGAGAAGUAAGAAGCUUAUCAGCAUAUCAUUGACACUUCCUGCAGGGUGAUCCCUGCCCUUACCAGGGCUGAAAAUGAAAAAGAGAACAGCAGCUUUCUAGGGACACCUGGAAAGGACUUAAUGUGUUUGACUAUUUCUUAUGAGGGUUCUACUUAUUUAUGUAUUUAUUUUUGAAAGCUUGUAUUUUAAUAUUUUACGUGUUGUUAUUUAAAGAUGUGAGUGUGUUUCAUCAAACAUAGCUCAGUCCUGAUUAUUUAAUUGGAAUAUGCUGGGUUUUAAAUGUGUCAUUAAACUAAUAUUUAGUGGGAGACCAUAAUAUGUCAGCCACCUUGAUAAAUGAUAGGGUGGGGAAUUGGAGGGUGGGGGAUUGAAAUGCAAGCAAUUAGUGGAUCACUGUUAGGGUAAGGGAAUGUAUGUACACAUCUAUUUUUUAUACUUUUUUUUUAAAAAAGAAUGUCAAUUGUUAUUUAUUGAAAUUAUCUCACAUUAUGUGUUCAACAUUUUUAUGCUGAAGUUUCCCUUAGACAUUUUAUGUCUUGCUUGUAGGGCAUAAUGCCUUGUUUAAUGUUCAUUCUGCAGUGUUUCUCUUUCCCUUGGAAAAGAGAAGUUACCAUUACUGUUACAUUUGUACAAAUGACAUGAUAAUAAAAGUUUUAUGAAAA